GCCCACGAGGGGCGGUCACCGCACGUAAUAAUGAGUUAAGACAGCGGCGCCGCGGUGGCAGAACGGCUGAUAGAAUCGGGCUGGUAGAACCCGGCUGCCCGUCGACCGGCCUCUCACCGCCGUGGAGUAUGGCCCAGGGGCGGCCGGGCAGUCACAGCGCAUCGGGAGCCGGCCGGGGGCUGCAGCUGUUGGCCGCCGCCUGCUUGCUGCUCUUACCCGGCGCGGUGCUGCAGGUUGAGAUCCGCCCACUCAUUGAAGACGAGCAGCUGCUGUGGAUCAGGGGUGUCAUUGGCGAAGUCAACACCUUCAGGAUCCCACUCAUCGCGAUCACCCCCUCUAAUAAACUCAUUGCCGUGGCCGAGGCAAGAAAAUAUUCGUCAGCUGACAUUGGUGCCAAGUUCAUUGCCAUCCGCACGUCCACUGAUAAAGGUGUCACCUGGAGUCCAACCACCUUCCUGGACAACGACGGCUCAAAGAUCGACGGCCUGAACCUGGGGGUGAUACUGGUCGACGAGGAGGUGGGCCGCAUCUUUAUCGUCUUCACGAUGUGUGCCCACUACUACCGUUGCAAUGUCUCCAGCACGCUCCUGAUCGAGAGCUGCGACGACGGGCGGACGUGGAGCAAACCCAGAAACCUGUCACAUGUGAUCGGGACGAAGGUGUUCAUGCCGGGCCCCGGAUAUGGGAUCCAGAAAAAGUACCCGCCGAACAAGGGCCGCUUGAUCGCCUGCGGGCACGGAACAAUCAAGGAAGACGGGAUAUUCUGCAUUCUGAGCGACGACCAUGGCAAGACUUGGAGGAAUGGCGGGAGCCUGAAGGGAAUUCCAUACAAUCAGCCGAAGAGACGCAGCGACUUCAACCCGGACGAGAACCAGCCCUAUGAACUUCCAGAUGGCUCCGUGGUGAUCAACGCAAGGAACCAGAAUUUCUACCACUGUCACUGUCGAAUAAUAGUGAAGAGCUAUGAUGGCUGUGAGACGCUUCCCGUGGAAAGCGUGUUCUUCGACGAGACCCUGAUUGACCCGGCCGUAGCGGCAGGAGCCUUGAUCAAAAACAACGUUGUUUUCUUCAGCAAUCCCGCCAACCCUUCUGAACGUGUAAAUCUGACCCUCAGAUGGAGUUAUGAUCACGGGAAGACGUGGGAAAAUAAGAUGUUGAUCUGGAGUGGUGCCAGUGGUUAUUCCUGCAUGACGACCUUCAGCAAUUCGAGCAAUGAUAAGUACAUCUUCCUGGUGUUCGAGAAGGGGAAGGUGGACACCAGGGAAUCCAUUUCAUUCAUGAAGAUUGGACUCGUUUGACAGAGAGUCCCCAUGUCGCUUCUUGUCACCUUGUGGGGAAAGAGUUUGCAAUCUCAAUGAGUCUUAAUCAAUGCUCGUUACCAGAAAGAAAUUUUCUUUCAACUUUGCCCAAGUUGAUUGAUUUUCAUUGCCUGAUAGCAAAAUGGGUUUUCCCUCUUUGAAGAUGAAAUCAAUGUUGUAAAACUUUAAAUUUCCUUUUACUAAUCUCUGUAACCAAUCAGAUCCAUUCCUCUCAAGGCUGUGCUGCAUUUUGUCCUCUGAUGAGAGCUUGGUCCUUUUGACAGCAUCUUCGGAUCUACAAGGAGAUAGUUAACGAAUCUGUUGCUUUCGAUGUUUUACUUGGGUCAACAGCUUGAUGGGAAGGCUGUUGAUGUGAAUACCCAUCAGUAUGUCUUCAGUGCAGUGGUUCCUAAUCCUUUUUUUUUAAUGCCAUGGACCAAUACCGUUAAGCAAAGGGUUGGGAUCCCCUGCGUCAACGUGUGCAUAGAGAGAGAGUUCCAUCUGCCACCCAAAUUUGGCAAGACCAAAUUUGUCCGCUGGGACCCAUUCCUAGCUAUUGACACUAGAGUCGGUAUUUUCCAGUAGGGAAGAGCUUUGGGAAUACUGCGGGAAAACCCACUAAGAAGACAGAUUCUUUUAAGAGAUGUUGGCAGAAAAUGAAGACACUGGGAGCUGCUAUUUUAUGUGACUUUAAAAAAAACAGUUGAAUAAAGUGCCCUUAGUUAUUUUACUAUAGUCUGUAGAUCUGAGAUGGUGCUCCUCAAAGUGGCGUCUGCUGAGCAGACAGAGUCAUCAAAAUAAAAUCUUUACACGAUGAAAUCUCAGGGACUCUGGCUGAUGAAUCAGGUGCUGGUACAAAAUGCACAUUCUCCAUGGGAAAUGAGAAAUAAUCGAGGCUCAAUGAAUGGCGACAGCAUUCUCGGGCAGCUGAGUGUUCACAAAAACAGUUGUGGAUUUUGCUCAAAGCUUUGGUGAUUUGCCUUAUCCAGAGCUGAGCACAUUCGGAGGCCAAGUGACAUGGCAGUAAGCCUCUGCUGCGGACAUCCUGAAUAAAACUGCCAAAGUGGUCAUCAAGGUUUGGUCCCCACUUUCUCCAACAAGAUCUUAGCAUUGUGAUAUAGAGAAGGAAAGCGUAAGCUGGCUUUUUCCAGAGGUCAUGGGUUAAGAGGAGAUGAGUGAAAUGUUUAAGAGGAACAUGGGGGAACUUCUUCGCUCAGAGGGUGGUCACAGCAUGCAUGGUGGACGUGCAUUCAAUUUCAACGUUGGACAGAUUCAUGGAAUGGGAGGGGGAUCGGGGGCUUAUGGUCCAAGUGCAGGCUGGUGGGUCUGGGCAGAAUAAUAGGCAUGGACUAGAUGAGUCGAAUAUGCUAUAGAAUUCUAUGACUUGAUAACCAUUGCCUUGAUGACAAUACAUUCAAAUGGAGUAAGGUUCUUUUUGAGCAGUUGACAAGAAGACAGGACAAAAAUACAUCUAGAGGGAAAAGCAAAUAACAUUUGUUGAGUCAAUAUUUUUAACAAGUUUUACAAAGAUGAUGGGCAUUAUUGUUCCAGGGUUAAAAGGCCUCAGUACAGUGGAUAUGGGCAGGACGUUUCCUAUAGUGGGGUGGUGGGGGGGGGGGUGGUGUUUGAUGACCAAAGGACACAGACUCAAAAUAAAGGGAUGUCGAUUUAGAACAAAUGAGGAUGAAUUUCUUUAGCCAGAGGUUGGUGAAUCUGUGGAAUUCUUUGCCAGAAAUGGCUGUGGAGGGCAAGUCAUUAGGUGCAUUUAGGCAGAGGUUGAUAGAUUCUUGAUUAGUCAGGCCAUAAAGGGUCACAGGUUUAAGUCAGGAGACUGGGGCCGAGAGGGAAAAUGGAUCAGCCGUGAUGAAAUGGUGGAGCAUGCUCGUUGGGCCUAAUUCUUCUCCUAUAUCUUAUGGUUAAGGUAAAUUUCCCUCCACAGAGAAAACAUCUGAAUCUCAGCAAUAAGAUUGGGACAAGGAACGUUUCCCAGUACAAAAAAACAUUGAUUUCCUUUACCCAGUGGUGCUAACAUAAUUACGGAUCACUCAUUGUGAUUAUGACUUAAACUAUGCGCAGUUACCUCAGAAUAAAAUGGGAGUCUGACUACAAUAA